AUGGGUCAGGAAUCUUCAGCACCUCAAGGCGGCAAAGCCCUAGUGUCCGGCGCGAACGGUUAUAUUGGAAUGUGGACCGUCCAGACUCUCCUCGAGCGUCGCUGUAGCGUGCGCGGGACGGUUCGCUCAGUGGAUAAGGGGAAAUACUUGAGCGACUACUUCAGCAAAGCUGGCUUUGGAGAUAAGUUCGAGGUUGUGGUCGUUGAGGAUUUUUCGAAGGAGGGUGCAUUCGACGAAGCGGUCAAAGGCGUUGAUGCCAUCCUGCACACGGCGUCGCCCUUCCACUGGGGCGCGAAGAACCCACAAGUCCCUGCUGUAGGCGGAACGUCCGGGGUCCUGAACAGUGCAUUGAAAUAUGCACCGAACGUGAAGCGAAUCGUGAUCACAUCUUCCUGCGCUGCGCUGAUCAACACGGGACUUUCCAAACCCACCGUAUUCACGGAGGAAGGUUGGAAUGAGACGGCAGUGAAGGAAGCCGAGGAGCAGGGAGACAAAACGCACCCUGGUGUCAUUUACUGCGCCGCGAAGGUGCUAGCUGAACGCUUCGCGUGGAAAUUCUACGAGGAGCACAAGUCGGAAGUGGGAUGGGGUAUUACUACUAUCCUACCGGCCUUCGUCGUUGGGCCACCUAUUCAAGACGUCUCCUCGCCCACAUCGUUGAAUCAAUCUCUUCAGAUGUGGUAUGACAACGUCCUCUCAGGCUCGGCCAAGAAAGCGACCCUUGCGCAAGCAAAUACCUGGGUGGACGUUCGCGACAUUGCGCUGGCCCAUGUCCUAGCUAUGGAGAACAAAGCCACGGGAGGGGAAAGGAUCAUUGCCGCAGCUGGAGUGUGCCUAUUGCAAGAUUGGGUCGAAACGGCGAAUGCCCUUCAACCUAACCCUCUGCCGUCGUGCAAGCUUUCGGUUGGGUUCCCCGAGACCCUUGAAGGAGAGAGGGUGUAUCACAUGUCGUACUCGAAGGCGAAGGAGGAACGAAUUCUGGGGAUCAAGUUCCGCACUAUGGAGGAGACGACCAGGGCUAUAUUUGAGGAGUUUGCCAAGCGCGGGUGGUGA